AUUCGCUUGCGUCGUUGUGUACAGUGCGGACGGUGGUAAUCAAAGUUAAUAUCCCACCACCACCAACACCACAACCACAACCAACACCACAACCAACCACAACCUUUACGAUUCGUACAACUUUUGCUUCGUUCGUGAAGCGAGCCCAGAGAUCUUCGCGGGCGAAUCGUCUUAGCCCCGAGAAAUAUCUCCUCGGCCUUGUUUCGUGUUGCCAGCGUGGUGGUGCUGGUGGUGGUGGUAGUGGUGGUGGUGGUUAGUAGUGGUGUUCGUGGUGUGGGUGUCUUUUGUUUCCACCACCAUUCGCUUGUUAACAGCGGCAAGCGGCAGGCGGCGAUGGGAGUCCUCGUGUCGCGCUUCCGAAGGGCCAAGCCUUCUACCAUACAACAGUUAGAAACACUGGAAAAGGACAUGACCGACUUGGAGGAGCGCAGCGAGAGGACGCAGCGCCUCCAGCGCCUGUGGAUCGGCCGUCUCAUCUUCUACUCGUCGGCCGCCUACAUCGUGGCGGCCGCCUUCCUUUGGUUUUGGAGUUUCCCCAAGGAGUGGAUGGACUGGAUCUUCGCUGCACUGCCCUUGCUCCUGUUUCCUGUCUUAGUGUGGCUACUCAAGAGGUUUAUGAGCUGGUGGUUCGUGAGAAGGACGCAGAGCAACUACACCGCUCUAGAAGGGCUCAAGGAGAAAAAGCGGAAAAUCCUCGAGGAGGUGAUGGAGAAGGAGACCUACAAGACGGCGAAGGAAAUCCUCGAGAGAUUCGAUUCGGAGGCGAAGAAGGCAAAGGAGCUGGAGCAAGCUGCCAUCGCCGCAGCGUCAGUCGGGCAAGAGCUGCGUCAGCGCACGCCGUCGCAGCGGGGCGUCAACGACCCCCCCGCGGUAUCGUCUCCGCUCGGACCUCACUCCGGCCCCCCAAUGCAGACCCCCGGCAGAGGCCCCCCGGGACCCCCACCGGCGGGCAGAGGGGGGAGCCCCAGCGUGCCGAGCACUCCCGGGGGUCCUGGGACUGCCCCCGGGGGCCCCCCGGAAAAGGGGUUGCUGGCGGGGGUGGGGGGCGCGUCGGGGACUCUUGCGCGAAGACCCAGCGGCCAUGUUGCCGCCACCACUGCUGCCGCACACGCGGGUUUCUUUCCGCCCCCCCACCUUGGUAUGCACCCGCCCGGGCCUCCCCUCCCCAGGCCCGUGCUGCCGCGGGAGCGCGGCGUUGCCGACCGCGUUAUCGAGUACCUGGUGGGCGAUGGCCCUCAGAACCGGUAUGCUCUCAUCUGCCAGCAGUGCUUUUCCCACAACGGGAUGGCGUUGCGAGAAGAAUUCGAAUACAUAGCAUACCGCUGCGCCUACUGCUUCUCGCUGAACCCCGCGCGGCGAACGCGGCCCAUCGCCCCACGCUUCGGGGACUCAGGGGCCCAGGCCCAGCCACAAUCUCGCCCCGGCUUCAACACCGCCGCCGCCACCGCCGCAGGGCCUGCCCCAACCGCGGCCGGAGCAGACGGCGAUAAGGCGGCCCCAGCAGUGGGCGAUGCAGCGUCCGACGUGGAGGUCGCUGAAGAGGAGCUACCACAUGUUGCUGCCACCACCGCCGCUGAUGAUGCUACUGCUGAUGAUGAUCAUCCUGCCUCCGAGGAGGCGAGUCCUGGAUUCGUCUCCCUUCCGGAGGGAGAUCCGGUGGUUCCGCAGGAAGGGACGGACAGAGAUGGAGCGAGCACAGCUGAGAGCGUCUCACCCGCGAGUCUCAGCGACGUGGAGACUCUGGAAGCGGAGCCCCCAGCAACCGGGCAGGCUGAUAAAUCGGCUGACGAGAGCAUGGACGUCUCCUAAUACUUCCUCCCUGGCGGUCAAUUUUGUUUGUUUUGUUUUUCGUUCUCUGAAUAUUUAUUUCAUUUCCGUGGUACGAGCGGUUGGCGUUUAACGAUUGCAUGUUCGUCGGUUGAAAGGUAUUCCAACGCAAUCAGAUUUAACAACGCACGAAGAGAGGGCUGCUCUUCCAAACAGCCCUAAGCCACGGGUCUUAUUUGUUUUCAAACCGGUUUACUCGAUUCCCCAGUUGUGAAAGGGUUUUCCGUCAUCCAUUUCCACAAAAAAAGCUCUGCUGGAUUUAGAAAUAAUUUCUUGCAAUCACCAUUUCGCGUGUCUGGUCGUCGUGAGCUUGAGAUUGAAUUCCGGGACGUCCUCGUUUUAACGCGGUGGUAGAUGCGUUUCUGAUAAGUACCGCGUUAAGCGAAAACAAUUUCCCCGUAAAUAAUGCGACGACAGAGUUUGGCGAGCUACGACGUACGCACACCAUGCAGUGAGGUUUGCGAAACAAAUCACUGAGGGUGCGCAUCACUCCACCUACUGUAUCGCACUGCUCAGCCGCGCAGCUCGUGAAAGUAGUUCGUCGUCAACCGCUCCGAAAUCGCGUUAUAACGGUGUCCGUUACGCGCUAUAACGGUGCGCCUUCCGCGUUAUAACGGCGCGCAUUUUGUGCUAUAACGGCGCACGUUUUGCGUUAUAAUGGCGCGCUCGUUAGGCGUUCUAACAGCGCGCGCGUUCCGCUUUCUAAUGGCGUACGUGGAGGGGGGGGGGGGGACACGUCGAUGAACGACGAUACAAAAUGAGGCGCCAAAAAUUAAGGAAAAAAAACAAGAAUCGAGUAUUGAUUCGAAUGACCGCUCUCAAUCACCAGAGUUGGUUCGAACCCACCAACUGGCGGUGGAGAAUCGUUACGUGCUUACCAAUCGCCCGUUGUUGCAGUGUUUUGCUUUGGCUCGCCGGGUGUGCGCUCCGCGGUUCGCUAAGCGUGUUGUUUUGGAGACGACGUCCCGACGAUCCGCUUCUUCCCGGAAGACCGAAACGCAUGCGAGUUGGUUCGCCUCCUCCCGCUGUUUCUAAACGACGUCGAGCGAAAACGUCGGAUUCUGGCGAAACAACGCGUUGGCAUAUGCAACCGACGAAACGUGCGGGAGAUCUGCGCAACACAACCGCGAAAUCCUUCGCAGUACAAACCCUGUGGUUUUUGGUUGGUGUUUUUUUUCAAAUGCUACUACUGCCAAGUCGCGACAGCCACCGGUGAAUGCACUGUAAGUCACGCGGAAAAACGAGAAAAUCAAACAAAAGACCUUUGGCAUUGUUCGCUAGAGUAGGUAGUUACGUACCAGUGCCAAAUUCGACAAAAAUUCGUAACUAGUCCACACUGUAGAAUUUAGGUGAACUGUCUCGAUACGCUAAGGCUUGAGAGUUCUGUGAAUGAGAUACGUGUUUAUUUCAUUGAGUUUAAGUAGCAUCAUUUGGAAAAGUCGCUGUUGGCGCUUAUGUCUGUGGCUGUGUGUCCAUUGAAAGUGUUUAGCCCCGUGAAUCUAUAUCUGGUUGAACAGAAAUAGAUGCGCCAAGCAGAAAUACCUUAGACGAGUGGUGGAGAGAACCUUUUCCUUACCUAGGGCCGGAUAGGAAAUUUCACUUAUUUUUGGCGAGCAAACUGUACAUUUUCACACACACGCACACACACACACACGUUGAGCACACCUCAUUCACAACCGGUGCUGCAAGAGGGCGCACCAUUGCAGUGAUCGAUGAUUGUGGAUAACAGGAAGGAUAGGAUCCCGCAGAGAAUAGGAGGGUUUUUUUGCGGGUCCCACAGCUCCCGCGGAUAACGGGAGUUUGGGGGGCAAUCGGCGGGUCGCGGUUGAGAGAGAGGAGUUCUGCUGCAAUUCGCCAACGGGUUUUGCGUUGGAAACGUCGCCUCGGCGUUGGGACACCUCUGAGUCCGGCACCGGCCUGAGUACCUUGGAUUUGAGACCUCGGCGACCCGCCUUGGUCGAACAGCCGAGUGGGUCGCGUUGUCGGUUUUAUUGAGUGAACGUUUCAGCUCGCGUCCCCCCACGAACAGUAAAAGCCAUAGGAUUCCAGGUGGUGAAUGCACUUAAGAUGAAUGCGCGAUAGAAAGAAGAAAAAUAAAAUAGUUCUCGUGGUGUGUGUGUCCCCCCCCCUCCCAUCCGGGUGCGGUUCCUACGUGAAUUUUUUGAGGGUUCGUAAAUUGGAAAGGUAAAAUAAGGUGGCCGGAUGACUCGGUUGGUCAGAGAGACUGAGCCGCUACUGCUGGGAAGCUGGGUUCGAAUCCAGGCUCUCAAGCGUAGCGGGGUCGAUGGUCUCAGUCGCCGUUGGCUGCACAAUGAACCCCCAUUGCAUUAAGUUUUUUUUAAAUGUAUUUUUACACGCUUCAUUUGUCUCCGUUCCAAGAUACAAGAAAUGUUGAUUUGACACUCGAUGAGCACUCUUUGUGGGGCACGUAUUAAAGUUGUGCGGCUGGGGGAGGUCUGGAUAAAGCGGUUUGUUGAAGCGUGGUCAUCAGUAAUUCCGAGGUCGUCUUAACGAGGUGGUCCUCCACUGCUCGCCGCGUGAGUUCCGAGUGGGGAACAUCUUUUGUUCCAGGACCGCAACGUCGAUGGAGGAACAAUUGGAAGGCGCACUAGGGGAGAGGGGGGGGGAAGACAACAUUUAAUUUUUGAAAUGUUGACAGCGUUGAGUGAACCCUGAUUGUAUAUUGAUUGUAGAUUCAUGACAGGUCAAUCCCGAGUCAUUUGCGUAAAUUGUGCUUCAGUUACAGAAGGACCCAGAAUUGGAUCAAGGUGCUUCUCUGUUACCCAGUUACUGUUAGCCCCCCACUUGGGGCAUUAUUAAAUAUAAGUUUGAUGUGAAUCCAUGACAUUUCAUAGUGUCCACACGCCUUCAUUGUGGGCAGGCGUUUUGAGUUAUCUUGAGAUGCGUUUUACGGGUUCUACCGCUGUGCAUGUCGGUGGACUUUUGGUGCCGAGAGCUUCUUCCCGGGAGCUGAUGCAUUAAAAAAAAGCUGCAUAAGCCGUUUGGAGCGAAACGUCGGACAGCACGCGGCACGACUCGAAACAAACAAACUCGUCUGACAGUCGUAUACAAGCUCGACCGUGAAAACAAAAAACUUGCGCAGUUGCAAGUCCGUUAUUUAAGUGUUAUUGUUGUUUUGCCGUUAUUCUUUCCGUGACACCGUCUCUAAAUACAGGGUGACCCAAAAUAAACGGGCCCCAACUCUAAUAGGCCCCGUGUGCACGGGGCCCGUUUUUUUUGGGUCACCCUGUAUAUGCGUUUCACCAAAGUAAUUGCCUUGACUGACGUCUCGGCUUGCUCGUGUGCUGUCGACCACGCGGAAGCUCUGCUUCGAUGUCACGGCGGGUCCACUCGUCAAUCUGCCGCCUGGACGACGAGGUGCCCCUUGGCGCGACGUGGGGGGAGGGGGGUCGUUUUGGGUUCGUUGAUUCGCCAUAUCAUGGCCACUCUCGCUGAGAUUGGGAAAGGCAGGGAGCAUAGACGUACGGGCAUAAGUGUACAGUCCAACAUGUCCCAUCGUAAAGCAACAGCGGCAAGGCUGAUCGUUCACCGUGCUUGUUCGGUCCAAGCAGACACGCCGUUCAAGGGCUGCACAUUCGUAUUAGUUGAGAAAUAUUGGUGUUAGCUGCAAACGUAAUCUAUCUUAACAUUAUUUAUUCGAACACGAUUAAACCCUAGAGGUGAUUUGUCGCUUAAUCCGAAAAAAAUCCCCAAAUUUGACCCCGAUGUGCGAAGUUUUGCAUGAUCCAAAUUGUUUUGCUGUCUUAUCAUAUUUGUCUGAAAGUGUGACGUCACAAUAAGUGACGUCACAACGCGUGGCGUCACUUGUGUGACGUCACCGUGUUUUCCCCAUUAAAGGUACAGUCAUGCUUCACUUGUGCUUUACAAUAUAAAUAUUAAAAUGUUUACGUUGACAUUUUUUUUGCACUCGAGCAACUGAUGAUAGCAUUCUACGAUUAACAUUGAAAGUGAUUCGAAUGGUUGUGUUUGGUGUAUAAAUAAUGAACAUUUUAGAAAAACGUGACCUUUAAAAUGAAAAAGAUGUAUAAAAAUUGGCCCUAAAAAUAAAUCCGUAUAUGCACAAAUAAAUGUAAUCCAUAGCUCAUCCCCUUAUCCCUCGUCACAAGAGGUCCACGUGCAAUGGGAUUGUCCACGAGCCCAGACCAGAUGCUUCGUUCGUAGGCACCGCUGCCUCUGACUUUAGUCACGCCAGUGCGCUUUCACGCGACCAGUAACGGCGACUUGUGCGUUCGAAACGAGUGGAGUUGUCAAGCAGUUCGCUCGUGUUGGCCGUUUCUUUUUUAACAAAUCUGUACGAACAGAGCCGUCCCCUGGGGUAACACAGCGAAUCGGGGCGACCGCCCCGGGCCCCGCGCUUUGGCGGGGGGUGGGGGGCGGCCCGCCCCGCCCUUCGACGUCACGGUGUCAGAUGUCAUAAUAUUCGGUUUGGUUUGAAGGCGUCGGGUGUGGGGGGGGGGGCACGAUGUGAUUUUUUUUCCCCCCUGGGCUUCGCAACCCCCCCCCCCCCCCCAGUGCCGGAUUAAGCUAGUACGCGGGGCCUGUUGCAUAUCUUAUAAAGGGGCCUAAAACAAAUGUUAAAACACAAAUGUUUAACUUGCACGGUGAAGUAAUUAAUUUGCUAUACAGCCGGAUGGAUAAUACGACAAAUCACCAACCUUAAACAACCAGUCGUUCUUAAAAGUUGAAGGCGGUACAGUGCUAUAGUAAUAGAGCAAGUGCAGAAUCACUGAACCGGAAUUGAUGGCUUGAAAGCAUUUAGCGCGGGGCCCGUAGCAUAUGUUACUUUUGCUACUCGGAUAAUCCGGCCCUGGUUACUAAUCAGGUGGUUGGUUACCAGUAGCCUCUCGAUCAAAAGGACGACGCCAUCCGUUCACGUCCACCUCCAUCCGUUCACGUCCACCUCCAUCAUGGUCGGUGGCUGAGCGAGUGGUGGUCUUACUUUUGAUCUUGCCUGUGGGGUGGGAGGGGGCUGGCUCUCUGUGGGCCGUGGGUUCCACAGCGCAGGUGCACCGCCUGCACACUCGAUAGCUACGCCACUGGCGGGGGGUGUGGGGGGGGCCUUUAGGCCCACGUGGCAAUCGAAGUGUGAGCUGGGCAUCGUAUGUAUAUGUGUGUAUGUUUAACUUCUUUCGCACCGUACGUAGCCAACUGCGAUCAUUCGAGGUGGGGGAGCGGGGAACGAACAACAAUCUAGACAGCAGUUCGAAGGCGAUGAGUUUUUCAAUCUUGUCUGGGGGUCGUUGCGAGUCUGGACGUGCGAAACGCGAGGCUCGCUUUGAAGAGUGCAACACCGCGUGGAACGUGCACGAAUUGAGUGGAGAGUUGGGGGUGUGGGUAAGGAAAACUGUGUAGCGUGCGAUUGUGAAACUCAAAAAUGCGAUUAGAAAUUCGCGUUCAAUGUCGUCUUUUGGAAUGGGAAAUCGACUCAAACGAAGCAAGGUUACAUUUUGAAAGAAAUUUUUUUUUCUGAAAAAACGCGAACCGAUACUUAGAUAUACAUACACACACAGCAGCACCGGUGGACAAUGACAGCAUGCUAAUGCAGGGAGCAUGGGUUGACUUAACGUCACGUUCACGGUUAGCGCGUACAACAUUUACUGAAGCCACCACGUGUGCAGCACGCGAACGUAGGCAAACUGCGUCUCGUGUGCAGAAUUGUGCCCAAAACAAUUGCCGAUGUCGCAGCUCUGCAAUGUUUUUUCUGGCUGUUACCACCUGCGGAAGGCUGCAGCACGCCCAGUGAAACGUCGGUACAUCGCGCGGUGCAGCCGGAGAGAAUCGCAUCGGAGAUAGCCGUGCGUCACCACAGUUGUACGGUGGCGUCAUCUCGAUAUGCAAAGCAUGCUGGGUGUUCCUCCUAUUGCUUUGCUAUUUUGGAAGUCUUUGCGGGGCGCGUGUUUUGUGUUCAUAUAUAAUUUGUUUGUGGCCUGCAUGCAAUUUUUCUUCCGGCUUUUUCAAAUACCUCCGCAGCUGGAGGAAGUGUUCAAACGCGUGUUUACGCACGCGCGCAUGGUAUUAUUACGUUUAUCAAUGACCCUUAACCUCAUUUGCAAACCGUGUAAGUGUUGCGAGCAUGUUGGUUUUUAAAUUACACGCGUAUUUUUUUACGUAUUGUGGUGUUGUUAAUUUAUAUGCGUAUUACAAACAAACAAAAACGUUGCAUGAUGCUUUCCACAUAAUUUAUUUGACCUUACCCGUUCAAGAUGUUUGUUUUCCAUCUGUCGUUAACUUUAGAAUAAGCAUGCCGGUUGAAGUGUGUAUACUUUGAAGUCCGUUCGUGGUUUGGCGUUUAAAAGGCUUUGGUGCUGAUGGUAGCGCAAUGGAAGUAACCCGAAACCAAUCGCCAGGGUUUUUUUUUUGUUCAAGAAAUACGAUUCAAUCACACGACGAGACAAUUAAUUUCUGAUUGGCAUGCUGCUUGUGGAGAUGUUAAUGGGGUCAGCACACUGGAAUUGAAAUCCCAGAGGGUCCCACCGGCUUGAUUCAUCCUCCUGGCGUUGCAGUUGAAGACGUUCGCGCGAGUUUCUUCAAUCCCACCUCCGCCUCUGCCCACGCAGCGGUGUCCGAUGGGUAACGCCGCAGCAAUGCAAUCGGCAGGUUCGCUCGUGGUGUGGUGGGGUCAAAUUUGGGUAACUCCUACCUCAUCGAAGAUGUCUUGCAAAUGUGGAAGAGUAAGCCAAAUCGCCCCCACCCCUCCCUCGGAUAUCUCGAGUUGAUGCUCUUCUACCAGCAGUGGCUUGCGUAUGACAUUGCAGGGCCUGCACCUUUCCCUUGUCGCUUGCGGUGGUGGGGGGGAAAGAACAAAAACAUGAGCAGAGUGAAUCACAACCAAUGUCCACCUCCCAGUGCGGGGGGGAGGGGGGGUGUCGUAACGAAGGCAGGAUUCCCCCCUAUCGCCACCAUCGCACAUUGGCAAAUGGAAUUUUAUUGAAACGAAGAAGCGACACAAAUAUGAAUCGUUUGUGUCGCAGAGUGGCCGGGGAGUCUGGCUGGCCCGUUGUUGUGUUUGGCAGACGCGGGCCACUUUGGAAAGACAGGUGGGGAAAAUAGCUUAACGGCCAUAAUCACCGGUCACAUCCCGUCCCAACUUCCCCCCCCCCCCCCCCAAAGCUGUUUGUCUUAGCAUCGCUGCCAAGUUUCUCAUCGUGCGAUUUUUGUGUCUCCAAGUAAGAAUUUUCCUUUUUUUUUAAAGCAAAGGCUCAGCCCCCGCAAUUGCUUGCUCACGCCUCUGCUGGCAGAAGGGUCUCCGCUAUUAACGAGAGAGAGAGAGAGCUCCCUCCGUACAAGGCUAUUUGGGCCUACUCGUCCACACUGGCAGGACGUUUCCAGAAGGGGUGACAUUACCCACACGCUUUACCGCACCUCACGCGACCUGCCGAUCAACAGUUGCUGCUGGGUGAGCAAAGGUUGGAGUGGGUGGAUGGGUUAGUAGUU